GGCUGGCCCGCGCUGUUGGGGCCGCGGCUCGCCGGUCCCUCUUGGGCACGGCCUUGCCGGUUUGGCGGGGUGAAAGGUUGCGAAGAUGGCGACGGCCUUGAGCGAGGAGGAGCUGGACAAUGAAGACUAUUACUCGUUGCUGAACGUGCGCAGGGAGGCCUCCUCGGAAGAGCUGAAAGCUGCCUACCGGCGGCUGUGCAUGCUUUACCAUCCCGACAAGCACCGGGACCCGGAGCUCAAGUCCCAGGCGGAGCGGCUGUUUAACCUUGUGCACCAGGCUUAUGAAGUGCUCAGCGACCCCCAGACCAGGGCCAUCUAUGACAUCUAUGGGAAGAGAGGCCUGGAGAUGGAAGGAUGGGAGGUUGUGGAGAGGAGGAGAACGCCAGCUGAAAUCAGGGAAGAGUUUGAGCGACUGCAGAGAGAGAGGGAGGACAGGAGGCUGCAGCAGCGCACCAACCCCAAGGGGACCAUCAGUGUUGGCAUCGAUGCCACUGACCUUUUUGAUCGCUACGAGGAAGAGUACGAAGAUGUGUCCGGAAGUGGCUUUCCGCAGAUUGAAAUUAACAAGAUGCACAUAUCCCAGUCCAUUGAGGCACCCUUGACAGCUACAGACACAGCCAUCCUCUCCGGAAGCCUCUCAACCCAGAAUGGAAAUGGAGGGGGUUCCAUUAACUUUGCACUUAGACGAGUCACUUCCGCAAAGGGAUGGGGAGAGUUAGAAUUUGGAGCAGGGGAUCUGCAGGGACCUUUAUUUGGUCUGAAGCUGUUCCGUAAUCUCACGCCAAGAUGCUUCGUGACGACAAGCUGUGCUCUGCAGUUCUCCUCCCGUGGGAUCCGGCCUGGCCUUACCACCGCCCUGGCCCGGAACCUGGACAGGAACACUGUGGGCUACCUGCAGUGGCGGUGGGGUAUCCAGUCGGCCAUGAACACUAGCAUCGUCCGGGACACCAAAACCAGCCACUUCACGGUGGCCCUGCAGCUGGGAAUCCCUCACUCCUUUGCACUGAUCAGCUAUCAGCACAAAUUCCAGGAUGAUGAUCAGACUCGCGUGAAAGGAUCCCUGAAGGCCGGCUUCUUCGGGACGGUGGUGGAGUACGGAGCGGAGAGGAAAAUCUCCAGGCACAGCGUCCUGGGCGCGGCUGUCAGCGUGGGAGUCCCUCAGGGCGUGUCUCUCAAAGUCAAGUUAAACAGGGCCAGUCAGACCUACUUCUUCCCUAUUCAUUUGACGGACCAGCUCCUUCCCAGCGCCGUGUUCUAUGCCACCGUGGGGCCACUCGUGGUCUACUUCGCUCUUCACCGCCUGGUCAUCAAGCCGUACCUCAGGGCUCAAAAAGAGAAGGAGUUGGAAAAGCAAAGGGAAAGCACAGCCACUGACAUUCUCCAGAAGAAACAAGAGGCGGAAGCUGCCGUCCGGUUGAUGCAAGAAUCUGUCCGAAGAAUAAUUGAGGCGGAGGAGUCCAGAAUGGGGCUCAUCAUCGUCAACGCCUGGUACGGCAAAUUCGUCAACGACAAGAGCAAGAAGAGUGAGAAGGUGAAGGUGAUCGACGUGACUGUGCCCCUCCAGUGCCUGGUGAAGGACUCGAAGCUCAUCCUCACGGAGGCCUCCAAGGCCGGGCUGCCCGGGUUCUAUGACCCGUGUGUAGGUGAGGAGAAGAACCUCAAAGUGCUUUACCAGUUCCGCGGCGUCCUGCACCAGGUCAUGGCGCCAGACGGCGAGGCGCUUAGGAUACCAAAGCAGUCUCACAGGAUUGAUACAGACGGAUAAACUGCUUGAGAAACCAGAUUUCCAAGAGGCUGCAAAAAAUCUUUUCCCGGGAGUCUACAAAUUCGGAAGCAGGGAAAAAACCCAGACAUCAGAUGUGUUUAUUUUAUAUUACUCCUAUAGAAGGUGGUACCGUAUCAAUUAUGUGGAGGGACACACAGACACCCCGCUUGCAUGGGUGCUGUAGGUAGGACUCGGGCAGCCCCACCUGGACCAGAGCCGCAGCGUGGCCUGUGGCUGUUUUCCCAAGGAUCAUGUCCCCGGAGGGAAGGGCCCUCGGCCCCCACCCCAGCCCAUCCCCAGGUUCCUGAGCCCGAGGGCUGACUGCAGCCACCCAGUAGCUCUCAGUCUGUCUUGAGGUAUUUAUGAAAUGUCCUGCCUCACACAUAGGACUGUGAACUACUUUUCCUAAAAUCCACAGAGCAUGGAAAACAAAAUGGAAAAGAAGGAAGGUGUUCUCAUGAGUCUCAUGAGCAGAGGCCUCCAGAACGAGUGAGCGUCUGUCCGGUCAACUUCCCCAAAACCACUUUUUCCUGCUGAAAUAUUAUUCAGUGAAUCUGGAGAGGAUUGUGUGGGUUUAUAAAUCUGCUUUUUAUCUCAGAACGAAUGGUUUUGGAAAUUAGUGUCUUUUUUCCCCCCUCCCAGAACUUCUCGAAUCAUUCCACUGGCAGGUGGCUUGGGACAGAGCGGUAUAACCCCCGGUCCCAGGGUCCAUCCCUGUCACAGGUCACUUCCUCCCAGGAGCCACCCGUGUCCUUGUGGAGAGAGGCAGGUGCGAGCUAAGCCAUCCGCCAUCCCUCUCAGCCUGCCCCCCCCUCCCCGCCCCCCACGGCUCAGCCUGACCUGCCUUUGCCCCCCACACUGGAGCACCCGGAGCCAGGAGGAGAGGGGGAGCCCGGGCGGAGACCCUGGCCCAGGUACGUGCCAAAUCCCAAGCGCAGGGAGAGCCAGGCGGGCCUCGCUUGCUCUCUCACUCACGGCCAGCAGGUGGCGCUGCUGCUCCCACACCACCUCACGGGGGUCCGGUGUCCGCCCCCCUGGGUCCUCUUCCCUCACUCGGUUCGCUCUGUGGAUGCAGAAUACUUACGAGCCGGGAUGCUCCUGAACAGCCCGGAGUGUUGACCAAGAGUCACCGCUGAGCAAAGAGCCCCCCCUGGACGGUGGUGGCCGUGACAGCCCCCCUGUAGCUGUCGCUGAAGUCAGGCUUCACUCCCCAGCGCCGGUACCGGAGUAAUCGCUAACACCCCUCUCCUCCAGUUUUCAAAAACAGUUCAGGUUGUCCAAUUCUGUAAUAUUUAUCUCUCUUUCAAAAAGUUUUCCUCUGAGCUGCUGCUGCUCUGAAUGUAAAUCGUGCAAUAAGCGUGGUGUGAAACAUCGGACUUUGGGGCGCGGCCGUGCGCUCCCUCCGCGGCAGGUGGCUCGUCAGGGCACCGAUUCUCGCAAUUUUGUUUGAAACGGACUGUACGGAAGGCGCUCUCUUAUCGUAAUAAAUCUUUCCUGAAAACGGGA